AUGUCCAACUCAAGCCGGGUUCACUGUAGGACUAUUGAGGACGUCCCGCUGCCAUAUCCCGCUUCCAAACUGAUCAUCACGCAACAUCUUGAAGCAUCACGAGAAUCACCUUUCUGGGCGUGGAUCAUUGUUGGGGCAUUCUACGAUAGGCAAGAUAACGUCCUCUGGAGCACUGAGAUCUUUGCUGGCCGACUUGACAUCGAUUCGGACUCUGAAGACGAGUCUAGUGAUACUGAGUCUGUGGCGGAGAGUUACACCGAGGAGGCAGCUUCUCCAGAUAUCUUCUCUUCCUUCCAAGAACAAUCUUUUCAUCACAACCAAACUUUGAACUAUCAAGCACCUCCAGCCCACCAAGUCUUUCCAUAUUGGAAUCAAUCUCCUCCGUACGCUAUUCCACCGACUUGGGAUCCAACUACCCAAGGCCAAGUCCCUGGCUUCUGGCAAGCAUCCUUCGAUCCGAACGUUCGUCGCUGGGUUCAUACCUGGCAACCUCUCUGA